AUGAGUUUCUUUAAAAAUGACGAUUGGGACAAAAAUUUUGAUGAAAAUUUCAAAAGAAUGAGAGAAGACAAUGAUCAUUUCUUCAAGAAGUCGACUGAAGAUUGGGAAGCUCGUAAAAGUAAGAAAUACAAAUCAGAUAUGUUUCUACAAAUAUCUAACAUUCAAUUAACAUCUUCUUCAGAAAUUAGUCAAGAGUUUCAUGAAAACUUUACAAAAAGUCAUGGAAGUUCCUUUUACUCUACGUAUUUUCCUGGAAUGUUCUUCAUUGGAUUCCUAAUAUUCACACUUGUCUUCUGGAUUGCCGCAUAUGGGUUGAAAGUGUAUCUUGAUAAAAGAAAGAAAGAAUCAGAAGGCAGCUUACCUUUGACAACAACUAAUGGAAAUCAAGCAAAUCCAAAUUCCAAUGUGACUUACGUAAAGCAGACUCCUUCAGCUCCACCACAAUUCCAGCAAAAUCAGGAACACUUCAAUAAUUUACUGCCAAGUAAUCAUGACAACCCUCCACCAUAUGAAAGUUUCAAUAAAAAUUAA